AUGUCCACUCGCGCUGACCCUGCGGCCACACGGCCGCGCUCUCGCCGCUCUAUUGCUCAUGUCCCGCGAUCGAAGAUGACGUCCGGUCUUGACAAAGAGAAUGCGACAGCAGACAUAGGCGCCACACCACUGCUCGAGAAUGGAACAAAGCCCACAACGAGAGACAAGAAGUCUCGAAGCAAGAGUUUAGGUCCCGGUGGUCUUGAUGCUCUACAAAGCUCGAAUGGGAAUCGACGAAAAUCAACCGCAUCAUUCCCUCUGAAGUCAAUUCUCAAGCCUACCGUACCAGUUUCUCCCGUGCGCAAUAUUCCAUCUUUCGAAGAAACGCGCCGACGCACCCCAGCUCGUGACGUGCCCAGCCAGACAAAUGCAAAAAGCAACGAGGCAGGCGGAGAGGGCCUUCUGAUAGACUUUGCUACGCCCCCGCAGCCUUCCAAUCCAGAGAACGAAACAUCAAACCCUUUCGAUACCUUCAAUGCGGCAUCCGCUGUUCGUGACGAGAUGGCGGCGACUAAAGAACGAGAUGAACAGGAGCGUCGUGAUCGUGAACGGCAGAAUAUUCUGGAGAAGCGAGAAGCCAGACGAAAAUCUAUGGACGCGCAUCUUCUGUCGCAAAUUCUCAAGACCUACCGCAACCAGCACCCUCCCCGGGAGAAGGACAUCCCUUCAUCUCCAGGGGAUGCCGAGUCGGAUUUUGGGUUCUCACCUGUACGCCAGCAAGACCUUGAGCAAAUGCGAGGCAGUGGCACGUCAAUUGAAAAUCAAGGAGGGUUUGAAACUGUAUCUUCCAGUCCAUUCAGUGGAAGCUCAGUUGGGAGCGAGGAGACUGGAGUGGAAAGCGUCGUGGGAGAAGACGAUGGCGACCAGUCAUCUGGAUCUGACGAUGACUUUGACGCUGAAAGUACCGCGAUGAGCAUGGAUGAUAUGACCAGCCACACUGUUUCUAGCAUGCAAUCUGAAGCAACUUCGAGUACUAGUGCCAGUGCCAAGCUUAACGAAGCCUUGCGACAGGCCGCAAGAGAAGCCGGGACUCAGGCUUUGGACGAAGAAUAUGGAGAGAUGUCUAUGGAGAUCGCCGGUGAUGAGAUCACUGGUGCGUUCCAGCCUUGGAUCAAAAAGGGCCAAAAUCGAGAAUGGGAGGAUCUCAGUUCCCGAGUCGACCAGGAGAACGUGGAUCCAUCCGCGAAGGCCUCGGUCCCAAAUGAUCCCGAAUCGGAUGGCAUUGAUGAAGAUGAGGAACUCAGUAUGGAUGUCACGAAUGCGAUUGGACGUAUUCUUGGUAACCCCUCAGGGCGUCGACAAAGCACUAUUCGUCGCAAAUCAUCGGGCCAAGAGACCAUUUACGACGAUCAAACUAUGGAAAUGACCACCACGGUUGGAGGCAUUUCGCAGAUGAAUUCCGCUCAGCCUGACUUUGAAGACAAUGAAGAUGAAGAUGAAGGAAUGACCAUGGAGUUCACAGCAGCUGUUGGCGGCCUUCUAAACAAAGCUCCUCCAUCGAUUACGCAGGCAGCAGAGCCAGCGUCUCCGCCCUCGAAAUCGGAUGGUAUAGAUGUCGAAGAGGACAAUGGAUCUGAUGGGGCCAUGGAUAUGGAGAUUACCGGUGCAGUUGGAGGCAUUCUUCCAUCUGGGUUCAAAGGCCAGGACAAGGGCCAAGCCAAACGACUUAUGGAACUUGAGGUAGACUCAGGCCAACUGAACAGUUCGCCGUUCCAAGAGAGUGUUCAGCCAUCCCCUGUGAAAUCCCCUGCAAAGUCUCCUUUAAGCUUUCAUGUUGCUGCUGUGGCAUCUGAGAACGGCAGCCCUAGCUUGGCGAACGUUCGAAGAUCUUCACGACGUAGCUCUGUCAUGAGUGCCUCGAGCAUGCCCGGAACACCUCAAUCUGCUACGCGGAAACGCUCGCCUUCAAAGAAACCAUCCACUCCUUCCAAGCAAUCAACGCCUCAGUUGAAACCGACAAUCCCAAGCAAAACACCUCCUUCAGCCAAUGUGUCGUACCGCAGUGCUUCACCAAAGCAGCUAUUUCGAUCUGAAAUCCAGAAAUCUGCUGAGAGACGCAAGUCGCUCCGUCAGAGCAUCUUCGAACAGAAUGCGGCUACAGGCCAAUCAACACCCCGCAUAGUUCUCCAGCCGCGCGAGGGCCGACGUUCCUCUGGUCUCGGAAUCGACAAAGAAGGGAUCGGUUCUCCCAAAGUUGCCGCCUUGCUUGACCAACGACCAUCUCUCGGUGAAAACACCCCGCAUUUUGUUCCGAAAGAGCCAUCGCGGGCUGGUGUGCGCUUUGAAGAUCCAUUGAAAAUGCAGGCCGACGAAGAGCGGGCCCGCGCAGAAGAAGAACUCAGAGAGGAUGGCCAUAUCCAGCCAGAUGGAGAGGGCCCUUCCAGUCUGAGGGAUAAGAUAUCAAGCCUCAGUCCAAAGAAGAACAAGAUCGGCAGCCGAAAGAGUCUCCAUGUCGGCGCUGCUCGAGGAAUUCUCGGGAAACGCCCCGCCGAACUCGAUUUGGACGAAGAGGAGGCAGAGAACUCUCCCAAGCGACUUCGUGGUCAUGAUGUCAGUCCAGUCAAGGGGCUCUUCUCCUCUCAAAGGGAGCACCACCCCACACAACCCCCGCGAAGUGCUUCAGAGACUGCGACUACUCCUCUAAAGGAAGGAAUUGAUGCGUUGCAUCUGGCUUCAGACCCCCAGCAACCCGAGCAGGAGGAGGAAGAAGAAAACAACUCCAUCCAGGAUGCACCCGAGGUCGAGCCUAUUCAACUUCAAGAGUUCCUGAACAUGACAAACAUUCAUUUCAUGGAGCUGACAACUACAAAACGACGACACACCACUGCGCCAAGCAGUGCGACUAAGAGACUGACCCGAUCAUCUGGAGAUAAAUUACUUAAAUCGGGCAAAGCUACUUUCGAUGACUGCGUUGCGGCUGGAUUCUGCACCGUCCCUAUGCUUGAGUUGUAUCAGCACUCUUGUCGUGAACUUAAGUCUUAUAUCUCCGAGGGUCGUCAGGUAAUCCGGUCCAUCGAAGCGGAAACAUACGCUGAUAACCCUCCCCUUUUCCAAGAGUAUGUCAAUGCUCCUCCUGAUAUUCGAGUGAUCAUGGACAAUCAGUUCCGAAACGUCAAGACACAUGCGCGGUUGCUCAGUAAAGCCACCUGGUAUGAGUGGCGAAUGAAGUUAUUGGAAGGCCUUAAAGAGGGUCUUAGUCGUCACGUAGACGAUAUGACUGCUGACGACGAACUUCUGUCAGCACGGGAGGCACUACUCAGCAGUACUGUCCCUCCACUUAUGGAGAAGCAUGCUUUGCUAGAGAAGGAAGCAAACGAUCUUCAAAUUUUAGUUGAAGAAAUGGAGAGCUGUGACCAGGAUGAAUUGCGAGAAACACGCAAGAUGCUUUCCAACAUCGACGAAGAGAUUGAGGUGAAGAAGCGAGAGCUACGGCAACUACAGGAGGAAUUGGAGGGAAAGACGGUCGCCAUAGAAUCCGGCACAGAAAUGCGCGAUGAGUACCUCGCUCAGAUCCAGGAAGCUGAACGGAUGAAGGAAGAAUGCCGUGGCUGGAGUGCUCGGGAUAUCAGCGAGUUAAAGGCGUCUGUCCGACUCAUUGAGCGCCAAACUGGUUGGGCUAUCACGUCAGCCUCGACUACAGGAUCUUCCAGUGAUCCACUGUUGACUAUGUUAUACCGAGGCCAGCUCCAGAUCAAGUUCCACCCUGGAGCUUUCGCCGGCAUCGCCAGCGACGAUGCCGAUGAGGAGAACGUUCCUCUAGAGUUGGCUUUCGUCAAUGGCAGAAACAUAUCUCCCAUCGCAUCUCUUGUCCUUCAAUCCUUGCAGCGGCAUUUGGCUACGAUCAAGCAUUUCACACUUGCACCCAAAACGCUCCUUCGCUUUGUCUCCAAAGCCUGGGAUAGCACUCUCGCCCUGGAGAACGAGGCCCGAAUGCUCGAGUUUUGUGGUGUCACCCGCUUGACAUUGUUGGACUCCCAGGACACCCCCCUUGCCCUGAGAGCUCGCUGCACCAUACUCGGACAUAAUGCUGCUUCAUCUAUCCCUGGCCACAAAGGAUCCGCUGCCAAGAGCAGUAUUGCGAAGCGAAUUGAUGUCGACUUCAACGUCAAGACCAGCGUCAAGUCUCAGAGCGAUGCAAGCCAGAAUAUCGGCUCCAUGGACUUCGAUAUCGACGUUCUGGCCACGAAAGUCUAUGGCUUCGGUACUGGCAACAAGUCCGGUCUUACGGAGAAAGAAAUCCAGCGUAUUCUGGGCAAAGAUAUUACUCAUGAAGGUGGCGAAGCCCUUGGCAGUGGCAUGUGGUGCAGAGCCGUUCAGAACCUUUCUGAAGCGGUGUUCUAG